GCGGAAGUGACAGGCGGAAGUAGCUUCGACGGAAGCGGUCUGGACUGUCAAGGGAGGAAAAAUUUGCAGAAUUUGACACAAAGAAGUUAAUUGCACCAAAUAGAACAUAUUACUCCCCCUUUCCUCGACACCAGCGUCCGUUGCGAUGAUCCUGUUAGAAAUUAAUAACCGCAUUAUAGAAGAGACGCUGGCGUUGAAGUUCGAUGGCGCAUCCAACGGAACCAAACCAGAGGCCGUCGAUGUGACAUUUGCUGAUUUCGAUGGUGUCUUGUACCACAUCUCCAACCCCAACGGGGACAAGACCAAAGUGAUGAUUAGCAUCUCCCUGAAGUUCUACAAAGAGCUGCAGGAACAUGGAGCUGACGAGCUGCUCAAGAGGGUCUAUGGGAAUUACCUGGCGUCACCAGAAGCUGGCUACAAUGUGUCCCUUCUCUACGAUCUGGAAGCACUGCCAACCAAUAAAGAAGAGGUGGUUCACCAGGCAGGAAUGCUCAAAAGGAACUGCUUCGCCUCAGUGUUCGAGAAGUAUUUCAAGUUCCAGGAAGAGGGAAAAGAGGGUGAAAAGAGGGCCGUAGUCCACUACAGAGACGAUGAGUCCAUGUAUGUGGAGGCCAAGAAAGACAGAGUAACAGUUGUGUUCAGCACAGUGUUCAAAGAUGACGACGACGUCAUCAUUGGCAAAGUCUUCAUGCAGGAGUUCAAAGAGGGUCGGCGAGCUAGCCACACAGCCCCUCAGGUGCUGUUCAGCCACAGGGAGCCACCUCUGGAGCUGAAGGACACAGACGCAGCCGUCGGGGACAACAUUGGAUACAUCACCUUUGUUCUGUUCCCGCGUCACACCAAUGCCAAUGCCAGAGACAACACCAUCAACCUCAUCCACACCUUCAGGGACUAUCUGCACUACCAUAUAAAGUGCUCCAAGGCCUACAUUCACACACGUAUGAGGGCCAAGACAUCAGACUUCCUCAAAGUGCUGAACCGUGCUCGGCCUGAUGCUGAGAAGAAGGAGAUGAAGACUAUCUCUGGAAAAACCUUCUCCCGCUGAGUCCGGCCUGCUUUAGAAGAAUCCAAACGCUCAUGGACACACCUAAACGCAACACACUGAGACUCAACGCCACAUCAGACCAGACUCCAGGACAGAAUGCCCCUGCCCAGCCCCAGAAAAUGUGUCUAGUAUAUGUUUUUUUUUUUUUUUUUAAUUAAUAAUAAUGUUGGCUAUACUUAGGGAAAGCCGAGGUUCAUAAAUGGGAAAAAAGGGCAUUCCUUGCUUUGCAUAGUUAAAGAGAAUUAUUAGUCCUAUAUAAAUAUAUAUAUAUAUGAAAAAAAAUAAAUUUUUGAUACGAUAUCUUUUACUCCAUUUGGUACUUUUGCUUGCCCGUCAACUCUCACACUGCAAUAUCUAUAUACCGGAUGAUCAAUUCCCCUUCAUUCCCUUUUUGUGCUUUCAUGUCGUCUGUACCAUUGUCAUUUGAAAAAAUUAAAAUAAUCACUCUUACAAAAA